CUUUUGCUAAAAAUAUUAUGGUCAUAGUAUAGUUUUAGAGGCCAUUGCAGGUCAAAUCACGGGUUGUAUACUCUUUGAAACGGGAGGAAUGGAAAGAGUAUAUAGUGGAGCCAGGGACUAGGGAGUCCUAUGGAAGCGACGCAGAAUCGGGGAAAAAAAAUGAAGAGGGAAAGAGAAGAGGAGGUAGGAAGCGCCGGCGCCGCCAUGUCGCCGUCCCUUGGUCUUCCCUCUACCGUCGCCGGCGCCUCCUCCACUGCUAGGGUGUUCCUUUUAACCCGAGCAAUGGACGGGCCCUCCGCUUUCCACAGCCUGCGGGCGCCUUCGCCCUUUGUGCGGGCCAUGCGCACCCGCCUCGACCCGCCGCCGCCGCCGCCGCUCGCUGCCGCUCCUACUCCUCCGCUGCCGCCGCCGCCACAGAUGCCGGAGAAGCGGCGGCGGGGGCGCCCGCGCAACUGCGACCGCGUCCUCCCGCCGCCGGGGUUCCUCCUAACUCCGCCCGCACGGGCGCCGCCGUCGCCGACUCUAGCUACCCACGGUGAAGCUUCCUGGCACUUCCAAUCGGGUGGGCUCCAGCCGCACGUGCUCAAAAUAGAUGUGGGAGAGGAUAUUGUAUCAAAGAUUGUGGGGUUCUCGAAAAUAACUGGGAAGGCUGUCUGUGUUCUCUCAGUGCUUGGGGUCGUUCAGGAAGCAAAUCUACUACACUCUUCUGUCACCUUAAAUCACAAGGGUCCUUUAGAAAUCAUUCACGUGUUUGGAUCCAUUUUGACAUCUGAUAGCCCUGGAUUUGGGUGCUUAUCAGUGGCCCUUGCUUGUGCUGAUUGUUCUGUGAUCGGUGGCGUUGUAGCUGGACCUCUUGUGGCUGCAAUACCUGCACAGGCAAUUGUUGGAAGCUUUCAUGAUGCUUUCUACGCAAACAAGGCACCUAAAAUGUGUUACCCCAAUUCUCAGGUUGCCACUGGCUACUGGGUCACACAUUACCCCAAUUCUCAGGUGGGUACUGGCUUCGCGGUCACGCAUUACCCCAAUUCUCAUGUUGCAACUGUCACUGGCUGCAAGCCUUGCCCCAGUUCUCAGGUUGCCGCUAGCACUGGUAGCUUGUGUUGCCUCAAUUCUGAGGUUGCCAUUGGCAGUUGGAGCAAGCAUGACCACAAUUCUCAGGUUUCCAUUGGUGAUUGGAAUGGGAGCACUAAUCACUCCAAUUCUCAAGUUACUGUUGGCGAUGGAAGCACACAUCACCCCAAUUCUCAUACUGGGAGUGCGCAAUACCCCAGUUCCCAGGUUCCCAUUUGCAAUGGGAGCACACAUGAAUCAAGUUCUCGUGUCACUGUUGGUGAUGGAAGCACAAGUAACACCAGUUCUCAGGCUACUGUUGGCGAUGGGAGCAGGAGGCAUCAACCCGAUUCUCAUGAUACUGUUGCCAAUUCUCGGGCUACUAUUGGCCAUGGGGGCACACAUCAGCCCAAUUCUCAGGUCAGUGUUGGCGAGGGAAGCACGGAUAAUGCCAAUUCUCAGGCUACUGUUGGUGAUGGAAGCACACAUUACCUCAAGUCUCUGGCUGCUGCCGUUGGCGAUGGGAGCACAGGUAAGGGCAAUUCUCAGAGGGGCCUUGUUGAUGGUAACACAAAUUGCCCUAAUUUUAAGGUUUCUGCUGGCGCUGGAAGGUCCCAAUACCCCAAUUCUCAGGUUACUGUUGGCGACGGGAGCAAUCCAUCUACUGAAGGCUCCAAUCUGGAGGAUGCAUCCUGCACUGCAGUUGAAAAGGGUGAAUCGAGCGAGAUUGAUGUGAAGCCCUCGCACGUGGUGGCUUAUGUUAGCAGCGGUUCCAUUUAGGUGAUUUAACUCGGUCGGCAAUAUGUUUUCCUCUGAAGACAAUAGAAGAGUACAUGUAUUUGACAGGAAAGCUGUUGUGAAUGUGAACCCCCAAAGUAUCUCUGGGCCAUGAUUUGUAGGAAGUUUUUAGUCCAGAAUUUAGAUAGGAACUUUGUAGUUUUGGGCUUCCAAUUGAGAAUGGUGGUGCGGUUGGUUAUUAUAGCUUUCAAUUGCUAGUAGUGCUAGACUUGUGGUAUGUUGGGCUGAAUUGAGCUUUGCAUAUUUACAUGAUCCGUAUGGGGCAGGUGUUGGUGAGAAGUUGAAGAAUGGGACGAGGUUUUGAAAGGCAUCUCUGGUGCAGUAAGCAGCAGCAGCAAGGCUCGAUUGCAACAGAAGCUUGAUGUCAUUAGCUGAAUGAUCCUAGCUCUGUAUUUGAAAAAAUGAAUGCAUUGCCACUCUUUGUGCCCCAAUCCCUGAUUCAAUGAAGAA